UCAGGGCGGAGCCUUCCAUUUUAUGUUGAAGGUCUUCUGAGGCAGCUGUCUGUUUGCUCCGAUGCCAGAAUUGUUCCUACAGUCCUAAACACUAACCAGGGGACUCAAGCUCCUGCAGAGUUGGCAUAAAAAAUGGAUCACAAUGAAAGAACCUCAGACAAAGUCGAUUUUAACCGUUUGUCCAUUGUGUCAGAAGAUGACGAAGAUCAUGAAUCUGCCUUGACUAUCGUUUCAGUUCUUGACAAAGUAGCCACAAUUGUGGAUACUGUGCAAGCCAGCCAGAAGAGAAUUGAAGAACGUCACAGAGAAAUGGAGAAUAGCAUCAAGACCAUUCAAAUUGACCUUCUGAAACUAGCCCAGGCUCAUAGCAAUACCAGCUACACAGUAAACAAACUACUGGAGAAGACUCGCAAAGUUAGCACUAAUGUAAAAGAUGUAAGAUCUCGAGUAGAAAGACAGAGCGAUCAAGUGCUAAAGGUAGAAUCCAAGCAAGAAGAGAUGCUGCGAAAGAACAAAUUCAGAGUUGUAAUAUUCCAGGAGGAUAUUGAAUGCCCAACUAAGUUGACUGUUACAAAGGAAUCAGCAUUAGAUGGGUACUUAAAGGAUAAAUUAUAUGCACCAAAUGACCUUUCUUCUGAUGAGGAGUAUGAAGUGCCAGAGACCAGAGGUUCCCGUCUAAAGAAAUCUGGCAUGCAACGCAUUGACAACAUCAAGAAAGCAUUUUCCAAAGAAAGCAUGCAGAAGACAAAGCAAAACUUUGGAACAAAAGUUAAUAGGAUUCGCACGAGGAUAGUAACUCCAGAAAGAAGGGAGAGAAUCAGGCAAUCUGGAGAGAGACUGAAACAGUCUGGAGAGAGAUUUAAACAAUCCAUGGCAAAAGCAGCACCCAAGAAAGAAACAUUUAAACUCAAUAAAAAGAAGAAGGAAAAAGUACGAGCAACAGCAGAAGGUCAAGAAGUUGGCGAAGAUGAUGAAGUGUCCAUUUCUGAGCAUGAAAUUGUGCAACCCAUCUCAGAGGAAACCUAUACUGAAGUGGUCACCAUAAAGAAGAAAAAGAAAAAGAAUGGAGAAAAGGCUGAGCUUCUUCCAGCUCAGGAUGAAGAAAAGGCAGGCUCAAUCUCAGAAAAACCUUUACUGAAACUGGAAACAAAAUUGGAUACAGAUGAAACACCACUUGUUGAUAUCAAACUGUCUUAACAGAGGAUCUUACCUACAAGAAAAUGCAGCACAGAUCUAUCAAUAACUCCAUCCGUCCUUUGCACACAAGGACCUCAAGGACAGCGAAACGCCAAAAUGAUAAGGCACAGUGUGCAUAUCUUCUAUAUACCAACAACUGCUUCUACUCAAAACAGAAAUAAAACAGAAGAAUGUAACCUGUCCGGUACAUGACCAGGUUAUGCCUGGCAAAUCUGGUCAUGUAUACUUUCAAAUAAAUUUUUAAAUAAAUGCUGACUCAAAAACUCAAAACACAGUUACUAUACUACAAAUAAAAGGCUCACAAAUAUGUUGUGAUCUACUAAGGUGCUCCAUGCAGUGUGAUAAGGUAAAAUGCAGGGAACUUAAGUAACUCUAGGCCAGAUUUUUUGAUGUGUAGAGUGAGAAGAGGUGAACCCGUUAUCACUUCAAACAUUUAAUGUGCGGGAGAUGCUCUAUUUUUUUUUAUUCUUCUACACGUAAUUGGAUGUUUGAAGUGAACGCAAGAUCACUUUAGUUUUCUGGUCCACAAUCACUUUAUUUGACCUCACUGCACUAUAAUAAAGUAGGCUCAUUGCAUCAUAAAGAAAGACGUUAAACUGCCAAUAAGCUACAGAAAUAAUAAUCUUUACUACACCAGACAGACCAAC